AUGACUCUCAGGUCAUGGUACACGUCACACCCUGGGAAGAGUAUUGGUGAGGAACCCGGCCGCAGCGGAGAGCAGGCACCACCAGAGUUGGCGCUGAAGGGAGAGGGGCUAGAUGAGGGGGAUGAGGAGGAGGCUGUUGCUGUGGGAGGAGGAACUGGACCGCCGCCCGUCGCCCCGCAGCUUCCCGUCGGGCCACCGCCCGUCGCCCCGCAGCUUCUCGUCGGGCCGCCGCCCGUCGCCCUGCAACUUCUCGUCGGGCCGCCGCCCGUCGCCCCGCAGCUUCUCGUCGGGCCGCCGCCCGUCGCCCCGCAACUUCGCGUCGGGCCGCCGCCCGUCGCCCCGCAUCUGCACUUCUACCCCCAUUCCCCUUUUCCCGCAGCUGAACAGGUGCAGCAGCGCAGCCGAGCAGCAGUGCAGCAGCGCAGCCAAGCAGCAGAGUAG